UUAAAUAAAAAUGUAAAACCUUGCGCUUUGCCUUUGAAAUAGCCCAGAAGUUAAGCUUAUUUUAUUGAAACAAAUUAGAGAUAAAUCGGGGAUUUCAGGUUUGAUCGUGUAGCAGUAUGCUGUAUGGCCUCCAUAUAGCAGUAGCUAAGGUGUUAUGUAAUAAACGUGACACCGACCGAGCAGCCGUGUCUUGUGGUUAUGCAAAAGGCUAGAUAUAGCCAUUUUAGCUAACGUUAGCUGAAUUUGGCAUGAAGUUAGCUUGUCAGUACUGUAUCGGACUCUUCUCCGUCGUUUAAGCUAUAUUUUGAACGUCAUCUCCAAGCAAUGGCUCUGGUGACAUCGGCAAGAAGACUAUUUCAUGUUUCGUUACGAGAAAGUUCUCUACGUCGAGCAGAAACACUAAUUUCAGCAACAAACACAACGUCGGGGAACUUAUCAUUGGCCGGUCAGAGAAGGGCCUGCAUUCGUGUAAGGGAUUUUAGCACCAACACACAACCUCUCAGAGCUGACAAUAAGGUGACGGUCCACUUCAUCAACCGAGAUGGAGAGAAGAUCUCUGUCAAAGGCUCUCCUGGAGACUCUCUCCUAGAUGUCAUUAUUGACCAGGACCUUGAUUUUGAUGGGUUCGGCGCAUGUGAGGGGACGCUGGCCUGUUCUACCUGUCACCUGAUCUUUGAGGAAGACGUGUAUAAUAAGCUGGGCCCAGUGACUGACGAGGAGAUGGACAUGCUGGACCUGGCAUACGGACUCACGGACACGUCCCGCCUGGGUUGCCAGAUCUGCCUGACCAGAUCCCUGGACGGCAUGACGGCGAGGGUGCCUGAGAGUGUGGCAGACAUCCGACAGAGUGGAGACGGAUCCUCAUAAUGGCAACCCCAGACCAGAGGAAUAGAUAUACUGAAAUUUGCCCCAUGUUGGUACCACAUGUCCCAAAUCAAUGCUUUAUUUCAACACUAGCAUGACCAAAUAAUGCUAAAUUCUAAGUGGUAUGCUGGUAUGAAUAUUGGAAUGGAAGACGCUGUAUUUAUAGAAAUUAUAAUUAUAACAUUUUAUUGAGUCCCCAUCAUCACAGUUUUACAUUCACUUUAUACAGGGAACAAUGGGAAAGUUGGCAAAUAAUUCCUAACUAAGCAAAUGUUUCUGUGUAAAGCAGGUUCUGGAGAAUAGAAGAACAUUUAGAUGGAAGUCUCUAAUCACCCCCUGCCCCAUAUACUGAACAAUAAAUAUAAAUGCAACA